AUGUUGCUUGAUUUCACAAAACCGGAUAUAUUGGAAAACGAUGACUUUAAACGUUUGGUCAAGUACGAGGUCCUUUGGAAUUUUUCCCGCUAUCAUAGCAGCAUACAGGACACACCCGUGUGGAAAACUCUGAAGACACGUGCAAAGACAGACAAAGGCACUUUGAUCGAACGUUUAAAGCAGGCAACUAUUGUCAAAGCAACAACGCCAUGGCAAGUAAGAAAGGUAAUUGAAUAUUAUUCGACCGAAGAAGACUAUUUGAUUAUAAGCGCAUGGGCAGACUAUGUUUCCACGCUCGAUUUCCAGCCUCUUGAUUCGAAUGUGGCUACCAUAUUUGUUACCAUUUAUACCGCCUCUGAGCUAGACUCAUUAUUUGAAAAUGUAUUUCACAUAUUGGAGGCUGAUGAAGAAGAUGGUGCGAUAAGGUAUCCGCUACUUAAUUCUGUGACAGAUGCAGAGCAGAAGCUCGCUACGUUGACGAACUCACUAUUCAACGAGAUUUUAAGAUUUUAG